AUGAGGCCGCGCUCGGGCGGGCGCCCAGGGGCCCCGGGCCGCCGCCGCCGCCGCCUCCGCCGCCGCCCCCGCGGCCCCCGCGGCCGCCGCCUGCCGCCGCCGCCGCCGCUGCCGCUGCUGCUCGGGCUGUUGCUCGCGGCCGCGGGGCCCGGCACGGCGCGGGCCAAGGAGACGGCGUUCGUGGAGGUGGUGCUGUUCGAGUCGAGCCCGAGCGGCGACUACACCACCUACACCACCGGCCUCACGGGCCGCUUCUCGCGGGCCGGGGCCACGCUCAGCGCGGAGGGCGAAAUCGUGCAGAUGCACCCACUGGGCCUGUGUAAUAACAAUGACGAAGAAGACCUGUAUGAAUACGGCUGGGUAGGAGUGGUGAAACUGGAACAGCCGGAGCUGGACCCGAAACCAUGCCUCACUGUCCUCGGCAAGGCCAAGCGAGCCGUGCAGCGGGGAGCCACUGCAGUCAUCUUCGAUGUGUCCGAAAACCCAGAAGCUAUUGACCAGCUGAACCAGGGCUCAGAAGACCCGCUCAAGAGGCCAGUGGUGUAUGUGAAGGGCGCAGACGCCAUCAAGCUGAUGAACAUCGUCAACAAGCAGAAAGUGGCGCGCGCGCGGAUCCAGCACCGCCCGCCUCGACAACCCACUGAAUACUUCGAUAUGGGGAUUUUCCUGGCUUUCUUCGUCGUGGUCUCCUUGGUCUGCCUCAUCCUCCUGGUCAAAAUCAAGCUGAAGCAGCGACGCAGUCAGAAUUCCAUGAACAGGCUGGCCGUGCAGGCCCUGGAGAAGAUGGAAACCAGGAAGUUCAACUCCAAGAGCAAGGGGCGCCGGGAGGGGAGCUGCGGGGCCCUGGACACACUCAGCAGCAGCUCCACGUCUGACUGCGCCAUCUGCCUGGAGAAGUACAUCGACGGGGAGGAACUGCGGGUCAUCCCCUGCACUCACCGCUUUCAUAGGAAGUGCGUGGACCCCUGGCUGCUGCAGCACCACACCUGCCCCCACUGCCGGCACAACAUCAUAGAACAAAAGGGAAACCCGAGCGGCGUGUGCGUGGAGACGAGCAGCCUGGCGCGCGGGCGGCAGCAAAGGGUGGUCCUGCCGGUGCACUACCCGGGCCGCGUGCACAGGGCCGGCGCCGUGCCCGCCUACCCCACGAGGACCAGCAUGGACGCCCACGGGAACCCGGUCACGCUGCUGACCGUGGACCGGCGCGGGGAGCAAGGCCUCUUCCCGCCGCAGACCCCCGCCUACAUCCGCGGCUACCCGCCCCUCCACCUGGACCACGGCCUGGCCGCGCACCGCUGUGGCCUGGAGCACCGGCCCUACUCGCCCGCGCCCCCCUUCCGCAGGCCCAAGUUCAGCGGCCGCAGCUUCUCCAAGGCAGCUUGCUUCUCGCAGUACGAGACCAUGUAUCAGCACUACUACUUCCGGGGCCUCAGCUACCCCGAGCCCGAGGGGCAGCCGCCUCCCAGCCUGGCCCCCGGGGGCCCGGCGCGGGCCUUCCCCCUGGGCGGCGGCGGCGGCGGCGGCGGCCUGCUCUUCGCUCCCGCCGCCCCGGCCUCGCCCCUGGAGAGCGGCAGCGCGUCCAGCUUCAGCUGCUACCACGGCCAUCGCUCGGUGUGCAGCGGCUACCUGGCCGACGGCCCGGGCAGCGACAGCAGCAGCAGCAGCAGCGGCGGCAGCUCGGGCCAGUGCCGCUGCUCGUCCAGCGACUCCGUGGUGGACUGCACGGAGGUCAGCAACCAGGGCGUGUACGGCAGCUGCUCCACCUUCCGCAGCUCGCUCAGCAGCGACUACGACCCCUUCGUCUACCGCAGCCGCAGCCCCUGUCGCGCCGGCGAUGUGGGGGGCUCGGGCCGGGGCCCCGUCCUGCACCUCGAUGGCUCCCCAGCCCCCGAGGAGCUCCCGGCGGCAGCCCGUGGCCCCGGCGCCGCGCGGGGGGAGCCCUGGCCCGGGCCCGCCUCGGUCUCGGCCUCCGCCUCGGGGGACCAGCUGUCCACUUGCAGCCUGGAGAUGAACUACAGCAGCAGCUCCUCCCUGGAGCCCCGGGGGUCCCACAGCUCUACCUCACAAGGGGGGCUCGAGGCCUCUCCUGGCGCCGCCCCGGACCUCAGAAGGACCUGGAAGGGGGCCCGGGAGGGGCCGUCGUGCGCCUGCUGCUGUGAGCCCCCGGCCCCCGCCCCAGACCCCAGUGCGGGGGCGGCCGGGGGCGGCGCCUUGUACCUGGGCCCCCCGCCCUGUGAGGGGUGCGGCCCCCCAGGCGGGGAGCCACAGCCCACGAGCUCCCAGGGCCUCUAUGGCCUUCACCCGGACCAUCUGCCCAGGACGGACGGCGUGACGUACGAGGGCCUGCCCUGCUGCUUCUAUGAAGAGAAGCAGGUGGCCCGUGGCCGCGGGGGCGGCGGCUGCUACGCCGAGGACUGCUCGGUGCGCGUGCAGUACACGCUGGCCCAGGAGGCCCCGGCCGGCUGUCACCCUGGGGCCCGGGACCUCAGCCAGCGCGUCCCCAUCAUUCCGGAGGAUGUGGAUGGCGACUUGGGCUUGCCCUCCAACUGCCAGGGGACCCGUGGCCUCGGCCCCUGGCGGGGGACGCUGCCCGGUCCAGAUGCCCUGUGGCCCCGCAGGGGCCUGGGAGCAGCCCAGGAAGAAGAGCGGGUUCUGUGCUGCCCAGCCAGGGCACCACGGCCACCUGGCUGCCCUCCGGAGGAUGUGGGGGCCCCCGGGACCAGCUCCCCCAGAGCCCUCCGGGACACUCGGGAGUCCAGCGCCACAGCACCCGAGGCUGCAGGACUGAUAUCUCGCCCGGCGGACAGCGGCAGCCCUGGAGCCUGA